AUGUCAGACACCAACGCACAUCUCUCGGCGGCAGAACUACACGCUCUUUUUGAUAUAUUGACCCACUAUGAAACCUAUAGCGAGUUUGUUGACCUUAGGUAUCCGGACACGCCUGCAAAUAUUGGCUAUCCUUUUGCCAAAAGAAUCAAGGAUGGCAGCCUGGUACAUGCAACCAAACCCGCCGCUCCCAUCAUCCAGCAGUUACUGGCCACCUUCGUUACGGAAAUUUUCGCUUUGCGGUCCCUACCCAACUCCUUCUGGAGCGUCCAGCUGCAAGGCAUCUUUGAGAACUUGGCCGCGGCCAACCUGUCUGAAAGCUACGACAAGGGCACUCUCGGCACCCGCAAAACGCUAUGCACAGUAUUCUCAUCCAUACUGGAGCUUGUAGCUCGGGGUCAGCUUGGCGGCGUUCAACGAAAUGUUGAGAACACCAGAAGUCUGAGGUCCAACGUCUACAACUUGGACAGCGCGCAGAGUCUCAUCAAGGCCUGGGAUGACGUGGUGCAGGAGCUGGUGUACGGUAACCUGAUCGACGAACUCUUCGAUCAUGCUGCAAAAGUCAGUGGCAACCUUGAAGAGCAUUCAGCUGCCGCCGAGGCUGCAGCGCACUAUAUCGUCAUGCACUUGGCGACCGUCUUACACCAGGUCUUUGUUGUCUCGUCUGAGGGGCCGUACAUACUCAAGCUCCUUGAUAGCAUGUACAAGAUGCUUCCUUGGGUCAUGAUCAAGCAAACGCUGCGGAUAGGGAACGCCGCGACGAUGUUGAACGGGCUUGUCAAGCUGCUCUUAUCCAAGUUGAGCAUUGGAUCUGUUUCCAACUGGAUCGGUGUGACAACAGACGCUGACGAUGGCAUGAAUUUGUUGCAGAGGAUCAUUUCGUUGACCCUGUCAUGGGACUGCUCCGACUUCAAAAAAACAAUCGAUCAUGUUAAGAAGUCAAAGAAUGGCCCGACAAAAGAGCAACUUGCCGCAAUCGACGAACAUGUCAGACUUUCACGAGACGAGCAGGAUAAACUGCGUGGGAUGAGCAUAUCUGAGGGUAAAUCCAUCAUCAUCGCUAUCCUCCAAUCCCAACAUCAAAACUGCUCCAUCUCAGACGCCGAGCAUAGUGCCUUGUUGGACUAUUAUUCGGCCCGCCUAUCGAUUCGGGACCGGGAGGAGAUCUCUCGCGUCCUGUGUCGCUCCAGGCCCGAUCUAAUGACGCAAUUAUUCCGGGAUCUCAUGGGCGCUUACGAGCCAGUGAUUCGGGAAGUUCACUCCAGAGUGCCGCUGCAUGAAACCAUUGGCGAUAUAGAGGCUUUCCUAGGAGAGAUGAUAGAGACAGCCAAGGGCACCAAGUCCCAGGUGGCCACCAUCACCGACUUUGUAGAUCUUUUGAUGCGGAAUCGCUCAAGGCUCUACAGGUGGCUGCAUCUUUUGGGCAAGGAGUGUCCUGGCCCAAGAGAGGAAUUCCGGACAUGGGCCCACAACUCGAUCCGGGAGUUCAGGAGAAAUUCCGCUUCCCCCAGCUCAUCUCCAGCCAAGGGAUACACUUACGGGGACAUAAACACCGGGCAUGGUCACGAAUCAUACUGCAGAGGUGCAGCGGGAGACAUGUCUGCGCCUCUAUCCGCCAUGUUUGCCGCCCUUCCACGUGAGACCAGGGCCGAUGUCAGGCACCAAAUCGAUGCUCACGCAUCAUACCUCGAGAUUAUCAACGGUCGCUCGGUUGUUCACAUGCAGAACAUCUUGGAUUGCAUGAGCGCCAGGAGGUCGAACUCUAGCCUUGGCGUGCACGACGUCACUGGCAAGCUUCGAAGCAAAAUAUCCUCAAAGACCUCCAGUGGAACUUCAAGCCCAGCACCGGCCAGACUAGGGAGUCCCGAUAACGGUGCCGAAGCAUGGGACGCUUCGGGUCCGGGAGUAUACCUAGUCCGAUGGAAUGACCUGUUGGAUGAGACCUUGGUCACGCCCGCGACGCCGUACGGCCCCCCGCGACUGGGCAAGGAUGUCAAGCAGAAAACAUCAAUGGGGAAGGCAGGCACGGGCGCCAAGGCCAAGGAUAAAAAGCUACCGAAGGGCUUCGUGGAGGAGUUCGAGGGGCUCAAGGUGGACGGCGGCGCCGUUUCGGAUAUCGAGGCACCCGAAGUUGGAGCAGUUUUGACCGCUUUAGGGAAAGAAUUCUGGCAGCUGCUGGCAGGCAGACAUGCCGCCGCUCAAAGCAAUGCUGCGCCGGUGACCAACUUCAUUUGA